AUGCCGUCCAAGAUCCACCUGAGUAUCCCGUUGAUGUGGGACCUUCUCCAAAUCAACUGUAUGCCGGAGCCUCGGGAGAUGUCUGGUGGCUUAUUGCAUCCCACGCUGAUACCCGCCAUUUCACGAGACGAUACCGGGGAAAGCUCCUGUACGCUAGAAGUCAUUGUGGCCAUGUCACCUGAAGUCACUGUCAAUACGGCAGAUGGCGGACAGGCCGCCCAUAUGCAACCGAGCGUGACCAACAUGUCCUCCGUGCAAUCUUCACCCGACAGCCUCGCGUUCGCUGACAAGUUGGUCGCGCCGGCUGACAGUCUCAUGAUGAAUACCCCGUGGCUCUGGACGGGUCAGUUUCCGGAUAUGGAUAAUAUGGACUAUCAAGAGCCCGAAUCCGGCAUGGGAAAUGUCGACGGAUUUUCCGCCUGGUGGGAUAUUGGGAAUCUCUAA